UCCACCCCCUCUUUGUUGUUUCUCUCCUCCAGCCUCUGCUGCACACACACACACACACACACACACACACACUAUCUCUCUCUCUCUCUCUCUCUCUCGCUGGAUCAGCUGCGCGCUCGCAGUAGUCUGUGCGUCCCUUCCCCCCGCGGCCUGGCUGCUGAUGAGAUGAGUGGAAGAUGUCGGUGUCGGGGCUGAAGGCCGAAUUAAAGUUCCUGGAGUCAAUUUUUGACCCAAACCAUGAGCGAUUCAGAAUAAUCGACUGGAAGCCCGAUGAACUGAGCUGCCAGUUUAAUGUGACGGGAGAAAAGCUGCUGAUUAUUCACUGCAACAUCACGGAGUCUUACCCUUCAACCCCACCAAUAUGGUUUGUUGAUUCAGAUGACCCAAGUCUGACUGAAGUCCUUGAACGACUAGAGGAUGUCAGAAGAGGCAAUACUUUGCUCCUACAGCAGCUGAAAAGGCUGAUCUGUGAUUUAUGCCGACUCUAUAACCUGCCCCAGCAUCCUGAUGUGGAGAUGCUGGAUCAGCCACUUCCUGCUGGACCCAUCAGUCAAGACAAGAAGCAUGGAACAACAGAUGAAGUGACAUCAGAAGAAGAGGAGGAAGAGGAAAUGGCAGAGCAGGAUAUUGAAGAUCUAGACCACUAUGAUAUGAAAGAGGAGGAACCGGUCGAUGGGAAAAAGUCAGAGGACGAUGGCAUCGAGAAAGAGAAUCUGGCCAUUCUGGAGAAAAUCCGCAAGAACCAGAGGCAGGACCACUUGAACGUAAGUGUCCAUUCGGGUGCUGUGUCCGGUUCAGUUCAGGCCUCUGACCGCCUCAUGAAGGAACUCAGGGAGAUCUAUAGAUCACAGAGUUAUAAGACAGGUAUCUAUUCAGUGGAGUUAGUCAAUGAUAGCCUGUAUGAGUGGCAUGUCAAGUUAAGGACGGUUGACCCAGACAGUCCGUUACACAGCGACUUGCAGGUUUUGAAGGAAAAAGAAGGCAUGGACUACAUUCUGCUCAAUUUCUCUUAUAAAGAUAACUUUCCUUUUGAUCCUCCCUUUGUACGGGUUGUGUCUCCUGUCCUGUCUGGAGGCUAUGUUCUUGGAGGAGGAGCCUUGUGUAUGGAGCUACUUACAAAACAGGGAUGGAGCAGUGCCUACUCAAUAGAGUCAGUCAUCAUGCAAAUUAACGCCACCUUAGUCAAAGGGAAAGCCAGAGUGCAGUUCGGCGCAAAUAAGAAUCAAUACAAUCUUGCCAGAGCACAACAGUCAUAUAAAUCAUUGGUUCAGAUUCAUGAAAAGAACGGCUGGUACACACCUCCUAAAGAAGAUGGCUAGGAAAAGCAUUGAUCUGCUUGCACACUGCAAACAUGGGAUAUCUGGUCAAACCUUUGCUUUAUUUUUCUAAUGUUUUCACCUCUUCAGCUUGAGUAUGAUGCCCCCUCGUGUAAGUGGAAGCCAUCGGGGAAACGUUUGCCCUCUCGCUGUCUGGAAUGCUCAGAAAUUUGCAUCGUCCUUUAUCUUCUGCAAGGCUGGACUCUUUGACCAGAUCCUGUGAUGUCUGGAUUUCUGUCUGUUUCUCAUGCUCUCUUUCUCUCUCUCAUCUAUUGUCUUCUAUACUGAUGGGACAUUCAGAGCCUUGGUACUAAUAAGGCAUCUAACAUGGCGUUUCGAAAUGGUGUGAUCAGAGAAAGAUUUUUUUUUUCUCUCUCUCUUCUUUUUGUUGCUUCCUCACUUUUACUGGAGCAUGGCUCUGUUCAGGAUUAUUACAUAGAUGGAGAUGCUCAAUGAAGAUGCUGGAUCUGAUCCUCUCUGUCUGCUUUUAAAGGACGUUCUUACGGCCAUGGACUUUAAAUGGUGGUUUACUGAACUUAAAACAGGAUAUGGAUGCAACUAGAGACAAUGUGAAGACAAUGUGCCACUGCUCUUGUAUCUAUAGAGACUUUUUUCCCCCUCAUGCAUUCUGAGUUAACAUGUACUGGUACAUUUAAUGCCGAUGUCGUCAAAGAAUCGUUACUUGCCACAAUUAUAUGCGUAAGCUUCCUAAGCAACCCUUAUGUUAAUGAUAACGGCGAGGACGAGAGGAAGGGGCACUUAUACGACUCUAGCCCCAGAUCUCGUUUUUUCCAACUAAGGAUGAAUUCCACUCAGUUUCCUUGUGCUCGCUUUUAGCAUGUGGCUGAUCUGACCAAUAAUGGACAAAUGCGAGCUUUGGCUUUGAAAAAGCGAAGCGGAGCUAGCCGUCACUCCGUAGUUGAACAGAGCUCCACUUGUAUACUUGUAAAUGGAUUUGAGGCGUCUUAAAUGUGGUGUUUAUGUGAAGUGGGGGAAUUAUCAGAGUUGUUUUCACAUGAAGACUUGGGGACUCGAAAUGGGGAAAAAGGUUGAUGUUUCUCAAAAUAACGGGGGUAAUAUCUUAAAAAUUGUAUUUAUAUAAGUGAUAUGAACAUAACUUGUUUUUUUUUGUUGUUUUUUUUGUUCCCACCCUUAUAAUUGCCAUUUGCAUAAUUUCUGCUCCAUUAAAAAAAAUAAAAUAAAUAAAAACAGCUGUUACAGAUUGAGACAUUUGAGGUUUACAUUACUAAUGGACCUCUCACGAUCAGCAGUACUUAAACUUAGAGUUUGCUGUCAGUUUCAUUUUGUGAGCAUUGAUGGAUUAAAAGAGCGCAAAUAAUACUUUUCUCAUAGCACAACACUACAAGAGCACUGUUUCUUUCCAUGCCUGAUGGACAAUUCUCACAAUACUCAAGGCGUUGUUUAUUUUACCUCUUGGAUCUGAACGUCCAGUAUAAAGUCUUAAGAAUGGUCAAUGUAUUCAUGGCGAAAGAGAGCUUGUCAAAAUACACCAUACCUCCCUGCUUUUUUUUUUUUUUGUCUUUGUUUUGCAGUGUAUUAUAAAAAGUGGCUGUCGAAGACUCGUGCAUGUGAAGGCGUCUCACAUUUUUCAUUGAAAACUCAGGAAAAUCCAUUCUGUUUGAAAACCUUUUUUGGUCCGUUUGCUCUACCUAUCCACUUUAAGAACCUUCUGUAGUUCCUGAAAGCAUAGAAAAAAAUUUUAACAGCUUCCCGUGGUCGCUGUUUAGUAUUUUAUGAUGGGGCUUGGUUUCAUUGUAAGAAGUGUUAAAGGCCAAUGGUGAUUAGAUAACUCUGGCUAUAAAAAUGUUAAGUGCUCAGUCGAACGUAACUUAUGCUUUUGUUGUUGUUUCUCACCCCUCUGACUUCAACUUUCAGUUGUAAAUAUUUUGGGACAUUUGGGUUUAGUAUUUGCACAGAAUGUUGUAAUUGUGCCUCUUGGAUCAGUCCUGAGUUUGAACUUCAUCCCAUAACAGGCAGGCUUUUGGAUAUGUAUAUUUUUAACAUGGAUGCAAAUGUAAUCUUUUACUCCAGUCACAUGUAAAUGUAAUUCAAGAGAGCCACUGCAGCAGGAAUGUCUUGAAUAACUCAAGUAUCUGCUUUGCAAGUUAUUGCUGCUGUCUUGUUUCAGAAAUGUGCUUGGUGUUGGGUUUUCAAUGGUGAGAUUUGAAAAAGUAGACCUCUCUGAAUGGUGUUUCCGCAGAGGUUUAUUCAUCUCAAUAAGUACAUCUGCGUUCGAAUUGUUGACCUGGGCUUGUCGGCAUUGACCAAGGUUUCUGUAACUGAUGUGUCUUUCUUCUGUUUCUUUGUUUUGUUUUGUUUUCUUCACACUGAACAUGAACCUCACCGUAACCAAUAAUAGAACUCGUCUCUGGUGCCAUCUCAUGGAAUGGUUCUUGAAGCUCACACUGUUGGCAUGCUUUCUGGGUUUUUUUGUUAGGUUUUUCCAUUACAACAGAAUUUUGACCAUGUACAGUAUAUUUGUAAACUUGCAUCAAGUUUAUGAAUAAAGAAUUUUACGAG